AAAACAACAAAUUUAACAAAACUUGUUUUUGAUUUGAUCACGAUUUGAUGUCAUGACAUCAAAUCAGGAUAUUCAAGAAUCUAAAAUCUUAAAUAAUUAACAUUAUUUGCUUCAAUGAUAGUCGGAAAAUUCUCUUCUGUUACAAAUUGAGUACACUUAUCUAUUGGAAUUUCAAGAUGUCUAUAAUUAACUGCAGUAUGUUUGGAAAAAAAGUUACAAAGUGUGCAUUUUACGGUGGUACAAAUUACGUCGGUAACACAUUGCAUUUGACAUCAAAUCUGAGAUUCCCGGUGGCAGCGAGUUUGAAGUUGCCAACUAAUGUUGUGGAUAUCAACGCAGCUGAGACCGGAAGGUUUUCUCCACUGCGGGAACGGGACUUAUCUGGCCCCGUCAUCAGUUCAUACAGUGCUAAGUUGAAGCAAGAGUUCCCCAAGUUUGAUAUUACCCUGCAAGUGGACCCCCACGUCAACAAGUAUGACUGCCGCGGCGCAGUGAAUCUGUCGUCGAGCAUGCAGAGCAAUGUGCCCAGUCCAUUCAGUGGCAAUCACAGCCAUCUUGGCAUGCCAGGCUCACAGUGGGGACAAGGGUACAAAUAUUUGUCUGAUCAUUUGAAUAACGCUCAUUACUUGACCUUGAAAAACGAGUAUCGUUGGAAGACCAAAGCUGUCCAAAGUGGAUCAAGGAACAUGAGUACUGACACAACUCAGGCAAAUGCUCCGCUGAGCUCAAAAGACAAAUUGAAAAAGGCAGUGAAAGAGUAUGGCUCUACAGUGAUAGUGUUUCAUGUCUCUAUAUCAUUAAUGUCUCUUGGGGCAUGCUAUCUUCUGGUAUCUAGCGGUGUAGAUGUGGUGGGAGCUUUAAAGUUCUUCAAUGUUGGUGAAGGCACCCUCACAAAAAUUGCAGCAUCAAAUGCAGGCACAUUUGUGUUAGCUUAUGCUGUUCAUAAGUUCUUUGCACCAUUCAGGAUAGCCACCACAUUGACAGCAACACCGUUUAUUGUAAGAUACUUGCGUAAUGUUGGGUUUUUGAAACAUAGUGUAAACACAGGUGGUGGAAAAUAAAGAUUAUUAUAUAGAUAUAA